AUGUCAACAAGGGAAAAUGGUCCAAAACCAUUCCCAAGCAAUCGUGACAAGCGUAGCUACGACACGUUUGAGCUACUUCAUCUGGACAUCUGCGGGCCCAUGGAAAAGGAUUCGCUCGGUGGCAGCAAAUAUUUGCUGCUGAUCAUCGACGAAGCCAGUGGAUGCAUGAAGGGCUUUUGUCUACGAGUGAAGUCCGAGAGUGAAGACUACAUCCGGAAAUAUAUCACCAUGGUACAGACGCAAUUCUGUAAGAAGGUCAAGUUCGUGCGACACGACGGAGCUCGCGAGUUUGCAACCAACUCGCUUCAACUGUUCUACGAAGACGAAGGCAUUGAACAGCAGACAACGGUGCCGUAUGCACAUCAAACAAACGGAACAGCAGAGCGUGCCAUUAGGACUAUUGUCACGAUCGGCCGCAGCAUGCUUCAUCAUGCCAAACUAGACAAGUGUUUCUGGGCCGAAGCAGCGAUGACGGCCAUCUACGUCAAGAAUCGACUGCCGUCACCUAAAGUCGUGCACAAGACCUCGUUUGAGAUCGUCUACAACUUGAAACCAAGCGUCAAGCACAUGCGAACAUUCGGGUGUCAGACAUACAUACUGACGCCUAAAGAGAAUCGACUCAAGUGGGAUCCAAAGGCUCGCGCUGGCAUAUUCGUGGGCUACGAAGAAGUUUCGAAGGCAUAUCGUGUUUAUGACAUCGAGGCGGGGCAGGUGGUUAUCAGCCGCGAUGUCAACUUCGACGAGUCCACCUUUGGACUUCAACUGCCGAUCACUGAUGAAGAUGUCGAUGACCUGGACUUCGAAUUGCUGGAUCUUGAUGACGAAGAGCUGCGUCAAAUGGAGUACAAGCAAACAGGCAAGCGCAAGAACCGACUCAAUGAUGAAGAUACAGCAGCUCCACGACCGCGUGCAGUGCGUCAACGACCAGGACUAGAAGAGUCAAGCGCGCCGGAAAACAACUCGUCACGACAAGAAGAAGACGAAGAAACGAAGGAUUCUGGUGAUUCAACACCGCCUGUGUUUUGGCGUGCGAGUGCAAAUGCCGUUGAAGCAGCAGUGGACUUAUCAGAGCCCUCAACAUUUGAAGCAGCAGUAAGCGGCCCUGACCAAGUGCACUGGAGAAAAGCAAUUCAUGCAGAGCUCGAGUCAAUGCGACUUCGCGGUGUGUUUCGUGCAGCCAAGCUGCCCAACGGACAACGCGCCAUUGGCACAAAAUGGGUGUUCAAGAUCAAGCGCAAGGCGGAUGGGUCAAUCGAGAAGUACAAGGCACGACUUGUGGCCAAGGGUUUCCGCCAAAAGUAUGGCAUCGACUACACGGAGACGUUUUCGCCUGUGGUCAAGUAUGUGACGCUGCGAAUGGUGAUCGCAAUUUCCAAGCAUUUUGGAUGGCCCAUCGACCAGCUUGAUGUGGUGACAGCUUUCCUGUAUGGCGUCAUGAAGGAAAAAGUGUUCUGCGUGAUUCCUGAAGGCGUCGAACUUGACAGUACGUUCGACUGCCUGGAAUUGGUGAAGGCAAUUUACGGCCUGAAGCAAGCUUUGCGAGUAUGGAACGAGACUUCUGACGAGUUUGUGUGUUCCAUUGGAUUUCAAGUGUCAGACUUCGACCCAUGUCUCUACAUCAAGACUUCGGACGGCCAUUGCGUGUUUAUACUGGUCUAUGUGGAUGACGUGUUGGUGACAGGAAGCUCACCCAAGUUGAUUGCACACACCAAGGAAGACCUGAAGACACGCUUCGAGAUGACUGACAGCGGCAAGUGUGCAUUUGUGCUUAGAGUCGAGCUUUUGGACGGCGCAGAUGGAAGUGUGACACUGUGCCAGCGUCGGUAUGUCGAUGAUAUCCUCAAGCGCUUUGGCAUGGAUGAUUGCAAGGCAGUCGCAAGUCCAGUCGACAUGAGCUCUCGACUUGUUUCAAGUGAUGCAACUACCAAGGUCGACGCUCCUUUUCGCGAAGCUGUUGGUGCGUUGAUGCACCUGACCACUGCAACGCGUCCGGACAUUGCGUUUGCUGUGGGCUAUGUGUCGCGGUUCAUGGAAAAUCCCCAAGAAGAACACUGGGUUGCAGUUAAGCGUAUCUUUCGCUACCUACAAGGCACCAAGACGCAUGGAAUUUGCUACAAGCCAAGUGCAAGGAUCGACUUCCGUGGAUAUUCGGAUGCGGAUUGGGCUGGUGAUCUUACCGACCGCAAGUCAACAUCGGGGUACACGUUCAUGCUACUCGGUGCGCCAGUCAGUUGGGGCAGCAAGAAGCAGCCAAGUGUUUCGUUGUCCACGAGUGAAGCCGAAUACAUCGCACUCAGCUUGGCGAUUCAAGAGGGCAAGUGGAUUCAUCGUCUGCUUUGUGAGAUCGUGAUGGCUGCCAAUGAAGAAGGACCGGAACUCAUGAUCCAUGAAGACAAUCAGUCGUGUAUCAAGAUGACGAAGAACCCAGUCAACCACGGCCGUGCCAAGCACAUUGAUAUCAAGUACCAUCACAUCCGUGAUGAGGUCAAGCGCGGUGAAGUGAAGCUCAAGUACUGUGAAACUGCGGUGAUGUUAGCGGACAUCAUGACGAAGGGACUUCACGGGCCACGCCACAAGGAGAUGACGGCGACUCUCGGGAUUCGUGAGCAUUCGGAUUGA